UUUUAUGCACGGCAACACACAAAACUGCUGCGCGUCCAUGUCAAGAGAGUCUCUCUGGUCUCAUCUGUGUAAUACGGGAUCAAUAUAAAUUAAAAAUGCGGAAUCCUCACACAAAAUAAUGUUAUUUGUGUUCAAACGUCGCGUAACACAUAAACAAAAGUCGCCGUCGUGAUCUUCGUCGGUCCCGAGUGCUGCGGGAAGGCAUUCGAUCCCAGACCACUCUGAAUACAUCGCAGUAAAGAGAAAAUGAGCGAGCCAUCCUUUAUCUACAAAGUGAAGUGUUGAAUGUAAUGUAAAAACUGUGAGGUGCAUUAUGUAGUGAACAGUCAAAACUGGGUGUCUAUAGUGGCGUAUAAGCGUUGUUUGGGCGUAAUCGUGUUAUUAUGUCGACGAGAUGAUGUGGUCGCUUGUGGUGGCGGCGGCCGUCGCGCUGGCGGCGCUGAGCGCGCGCGGCGAGCAGGUGCUGCUGCUCGACACCACCACCGAGGCCACGCUGGGCUGGACGCGCUUCCCGUACGGCGCGCAGGCCAGCACCCCCGGCUGGCUCGAGGAGUCUUACACUAACUUCGAGAAGCAGAUCAACUGGCGGUCCUAUGUAGUGUGCGACGUCGCGCACCACAACGUCAACAACUGGCUGUGGACGCCGUUCAUCGAGCGCAGGAAUGCUAACCGAAUCUAUAUCGAGAUCAAAUUCACCAUUAGAGAUUGUUCCUUGUUCCCUGGCAAUGCCCUCAGCUGUAAGGAAACAUUCAGCUUGCUGUAUUACGAGUUCGACGUGGCCACGCGCGAGCAGCCGCCCUGGGAACCCGAGAGCUACAAGCUGGUGGGCCGCAUUGCUGCAGGUGAGGGUCGCUUCAACACUAACUCUGAGGUAGACAUCAACACAGAAGUCAAGAGCAUAGCCGUCACCAAGAGGGGUGUCUACUUCGCCUUUAGAGAUCAGGGCGCAUGUAUAUCAAUACUGGCAGUGAAAGUCUACUACAUAACAUGCCCGGAAGUUACAGUCAAUUUUGCCCGGUUCCCAGCGACACCUACAGGUCGUGAGGUUACUGUCAUUGAGCAAGCUAAUGGAACCUGCGUGGAGAAUGCAGAGACACCACAAGGCGAGGCCCCUCCAUUGUACUUGUGCAAGGGUGACGGCAAGUGGACGAUACCCACUGGCUCCUGUAAAUGCCGAGCUGGCUUUGAAGCCGACCUACACAACCAGGUAUGCAAUGAAUGCCCACCUGGUAAAUUCAAAUCCCAUACUGGUGAUGACCCUUGCAUCACUUGUCCUGAUUAUUCUGAAUCUACAGCAUAUGCAGCCGCUGAAUGUAAAUGUGUACCUGGUUUUUUCCGGGCCAAAAAGGAUCCUAAGAACGAGCCUUGCACUCAGCCUCCAUCUGCACCUGUUAACCUCACUGUUACUUUUGCUGACCAGUUUUCAAUAUCUCUUGCUUGGCAGCCACCUCAUAAAACUGGCGGACGUAGAGAUAUCACCUAUAGGGUUUUCUGUUCUAACUGCGGCCCUAAUAUUGAGUACAGGCCGGCUGCUACUGGAUUGAACAACACCAGAGUCACUGUUAUGGGCUUGGACCCUGUGACAGAGUACAAAUUCCAAGUUUACGCCGAGAAUGGAGUGACUGAACAGACUGGUGAAGAACCUAAGAAAGUUGAGAUAACGGCAGUUACAGAAGCUUCAGUUGUUAGUGUGGUGUCUAAACUGCGCAUUCUAAGUGUAGAAAGUGACAAGCUGUCUCUGGCAUGGAACCCACCACCUAUUGAUCUGACUGAUCCAGAUGACACUAUAGAAAGUUAUGAAGUCAAAUGUUUCCCUAAAGAUAACUUGGAGAAAAGUGCAAAUGCCACUCUCAAGAUUACUAAAGAACCACAUGUUAUUAUAACUGGUCUAAAAAGAGACACAGAAUAUGGUAUUAGAGUAAGGGCUAAGAUGAAGCGUGGUUGGGGUGAAUUCAGUGGUAUAGUGUACGCCAGGACUGGAUCAGUGCUGGAGACAACCUUCGUAGGUGAAGAGGAAGGCGCACAAGUGCGACUAGUAGCCGGCGUUAUGGUAGCGGUGGUGGUGCUGUCAGUAGUCGCCAUCAUAGCCACAGUGUUGUUCCUACGCUCCCGCACUGACGAUGAAUGUGAUAAGAAACAGCCGAGUGACUGCAACGCCCUUAAUUACCGAAACGGAGAAGUGUACACAGGUCCCGAGCGGCCUGCUAAGACGAGCAGUAACGCUACCACACCAUUGUUCGCUGGGACCGGCUCCAGAACUUAUAUUGACCCUCACACGUAUGAAGACCCCAACCAAGCAGUACGGGAGUUCGCUCGAGAAAUUGAUGCAUCUUGCAUUACUAUAGAGGCGAUUAUCGGCGGAGGUGAAUUUGGAGAUGUCUGUCGAGGAAAACUGAAGCUGCCAGCUAGUUGCGGCCAAGAAAUCGAUGUUGCCAUCAAAACUCUUAAACCAGGCUCCACGGAACGAGCGAGACGUGAUUUCCUUGCUGAAGCUUCGAUAAUGGGACAAUUUGAACACCCGAAUGUUAUCUUCUUACAAGGAGUCGUAACCAAAUGCAAUCCAAUAAUGAUAAUAACGGAGUUUAUGGAGAAUGGCUCCCUAGACACAUUCUUGAGGGCCAACGAUGGAAAGUUCCGUGUGGUGCAGCUAGUUGGCAUGCUACGCGGCAUCGCGACCGGGAUGCAGUAUUUGUCUGAAAUGAACUAUAUUCACCGUGAUCUGGCAGCUCGUAACGUACUCGUCAAUUCGCAACUCGUGUGCAAAAUCGCUGACUUCGGUUUGUCACGAGAGAUAGAGUCGACCGCUGACGGAGCAUACACGACCCGUGGCGGGAAGAUCCCGGUACGGUGGACUGCUCCAGAGGCCAUUGCCUUCAGGAAGUUCACGUCUGCCAGUGAUGUGUGGUCCAUGGGUAUUGUCUGCUGGGAGGUUAUGAGUUUCGGUGAACGGCCGUAUUGGAACUGGAGUAAUCAGGACGUGAUUAAGUCCAUAGAGAAAGGUUAUAGACUACCGGCACCAAUGGACUGCCCCGAAGCGGUAUAUCAGUUGAUGCUCGACUGUUGGCAGAAAGAGCGUACGCACCGUCCCACGUUUGCGAGCAUCGUAAAAACUUUAGAUAAGCUGAUCCGCUGUCCGGACACAUUGAGGAAAAUUGCACAGAAUCGAUCUGCCGACCCGUUGGCGGGCGAUACUCCUGACUUGAUCCAAUUUUCGUCAGUAGAGGAGUGGCUGGAGUGCAUCAAGAUGUCGCGGUACAUCGAGAAGUUCCGCGCGGCGGGCAUCCUCGACAUGGACGCCGUAGUGGACCUGACGGUGCACCAGCUGGCGUCGCUGGGCGUCACCCUCGUCGGCCACCAGAAGAAGAUCAUGAACAGCGUGCAGAGCAUGCGCGCUCAGAUCCGCGGCAGUGGCCCCUACGGCUUCCUCGUGUAAGUGACUGUCCAGCCGCCGGUUCUAAGUGGACUUGAUCUCGACGUGCAGCUGUGCAAGUGAUCUUUAAUGAUAAAAUGAUGCAUUUUGUAUAUUUUUCUAAAAAACUGCCAUAGAGUUUAGAUAUAGGAGUAAAGGACUUCUUUUCAUAGUGAUGUUAAGGAAAUUUAUUUAUGAUAUUGUGCUGUUUAUAUUUCUUUUUUACUGUUUUUAUGAAACUGUUGUAUUUGUUUAGUGGUAAUGCUUGAGUGACAGGUACUGAAUUGCCGGCCUAAUUUCAAGACUACUGACAUCCACUUGUGGAAGCUUUAUGACUACCGUUAUAUAGGUACUAUACAACGAAAGAUUUAAUUCUAAUUUUAUUUUGAUAAUCAAAAUUAAUAUAUCCCACUCCGGGCUGAGCAUAGAAAUAAAGAAAUUUAUUUAAAGAGAAAUUAUGAGGUGAUAAAUUUAUUUUUAGUUAAUUGGUAGCCAGUGUAGCAUACAUGAAAACAUUAUUUACGUAUGUAGACUGAUGAAUUAAUUUUAUUAAUAUUGUGUACUUAUAACUUUGAUACAUUCUCUUUACGCUUUUGAAGCUUGUUGUAUAAGUUUCUAAUAACACAAAACAUACAAUUAUGAAGACACUGUCACGUCAUAGUCAGGAAAAUUUUACGAUUUAUGUAAAGAUAAGAUAUGUCUAAAUUGUAGUUAGCCAAUUUUUCUGUAAUCUUUUGGAAGAAUAUUAUGUGUAUAUUCAAGAAAAUUUUAACAGAGUCAAAGUGUUUGCUGAGUGUGUGUCACCUAUUCUAUAAUAGGUUUAACUGACACAGCUUUGAAAUAUUCGUUGUAGGUUGGCUAGGGCAGAAAGCUGACAACAAGUAAAGCCUGUUAUAGAAUAUUCAAAGCUUAUUUAUGCUGAACCUCAAAAAUUGUGAUUGAACUGAAGUACUUAACUAAUUUAAUAGAUUGUCACAAAAUUGCAUUUAAGUUCAUACAUAUUUACUCCUUUAACAUCCAUGUACAUAAGUUUGAAUUAUUUAGUGUUAAAUUGCUUUAAAAUGUAUCUCAAAAAAAUAUUUUUUAAUUUUUUGGUUUGGUAAGGGUGGAGACACAUGAGUACCUCGAUUUUAUUUUCAACAUUUGGCAGCUAAAUAAAAGACUGAUUUACAUUUUCAUUAUCAGGUUUAAGUUUUAUAUCAAAGUUCUGACAAUAAGUACAAGCUUCAUUAUCAGUAGGUACUUACAUUUUACUUACCUUAGAUCAUUUUUAGUCUAAUAUGAAUCACCAAUUUUAUUUAUCAUACAAACAUGCACACUUGACUCAGAUAAUGAUGCCCAGUUCUCAUGUCUCGUUAUGAGUCAUCUGAUGAGUUUUUUUAAGAAUUUUGGACACUGCCAUAGGUGGUAAUAAGGCCAAGAUACAGUCAACGUUAUAAUUAUUUUAAAACUUAUUAUCUUUGACACACAGAUCUCACAAGAAAUGCCUCAUGUUGAACUUAAAUUGGAGUGUCUCGUCUGCACCCGGCCUUACACUGCCUGUAAAUGUUAACAAUGCUAGAAUUAAUUUUAUUUUAAAAAGAAAUUGGUUUAUAGUUGUACCUAUUGUGAAAUGCCAAUAUAGUUUUAAGUGCUUUGCUUCAAAACUUGUGAUGUUACAAAGCGAAUGUAUGUAGAUGUUUUGUGCUUGGCGCGCUCCACAGCUAGCGAUAGACUUGACUACUGCCGUCUACACCACGUACUCUACUAUUUAAUCAGUGAUUUUGUAUUCAGUUUAUAAUCGUUUAUUCGUAAUUUAAGAUGUUAAGUUCAUAUUUUUAUACAAACGUAAUAUUAUGUGGUGGCAGCUAGUUGGUCAAUUCACAUUCAUGAUCAUUAAAAUUGCUCAAUUAUCAAAUUCAUCUUGUACAUUUGACAAUUACAGAUAUCUAUAGCAUUUUAUUGAUAGCUGAAAACAGCAAUUUUACUCAUGUUUUUCAGGAAACACUUAUUAUUUUGAUAAUAUAAGUUUAUUUAACAUUGUCAUUUGUGUAUAUUGACUGAUUGCAUUUAUUUUUGUGUGAAACAUUUUGCAACUGCGAUUUGCGAGCGGGGUUUUAUUUUAUAGAAAGUUAAUUUGAUAUCUUGCGCCCAACUUACUGUGCUCACUCACGAUCAUCAUUUAUUAAUUACUUAGUAGCGGUCACUACAUCUGCACAUAGCUAAAUAAUACCAGUGUUUAAAAAAUAAAUUUUAAACUUAUCCUCAUUAAAUUCGGGCCUUUGUCACUAACACAAUGUUCCAAAACCGCAUCCAAUUUAGGAGCGAGGCUGCACAUUACAUAUGCAAAUUAUCUGCGACUUAACUUUAAUAACAUAUUUAUAAAAGAGGUUUGUGUGCAUCGGCUCAGGUAGUGGAACCCGUUUCGUUUGUUUGAGCAUCGCGUGCUGAUCUUAAAUAGCGUUUUUCCGGCGCAAUGCUAGCUUCAUACGGUGUGUUUAUCUCAGUUUUAUAACGUACGCUGAACUAUUUCGAUUCUACUGUCUGUUUAUUUUCUCUUCUUUGUCUAUUGGUUACAUAAACUGGAUUUAUUAGUGUGUUUCCUUGCGUUUGAAGUAAGCAGAACUUCGAACCGAUAUGAGACUCGUAUCGUGAACUGCAUACCUAAGGAGAAAGGUUAUAUCUGCUAGGUAGUUGGUUUGCCACAUUAGUGACGUCAUCCCGUGUCGUUCGCGGUGCAUCAAAAUACAUCGGCCAUGACAAACGGAGAAUAAGUAUCUAUAAACGUAAUUAAAAUUUAAAAUCCAUUUUCCAAUGAUUGAAUGUUUUUGACCUGUAGAGUAGGUACACAUAUUAUCUUGGGUAAAUUUAAUUUUGAAGUAAACGUGUCAUUUCAAUUUAAUUUUCAACUACUAUCCUAGCUACUAUAUAGCUUCAAGUAAAUAUCCACCAUUUCAGUUUUAAUGCUAGGGUAUGACGAACGCCCUUUGAUCCAAAUUAUAGUAAUUAUACAUACAUAGUAUAUACAUGUGUAUGUGUGCGCAACUCGAGUCUCCGGCUCACGUCAAAGGUCGUGUAAUCUCUGCCAAAAAAUGCAUCAGUUUUUUUCCGCGACGCGUGGUCAAGUGGCCCAGUCUGCGUCCUUUUGACGCUCCUGCAUGCCACGAGCGCUUGCACUGACGAACAUAGUUUCACUUAUCUUGUUUUAAAACAUUCUACUUUUAAAAAAUCGAGUGUCUGAUCACUUCUAUUUAAAUUCGACGUCUUUGAACUUGACUCCGAUAAAUUAUACUUGUCUAUUAUUAAUGUCAUUUGCGUGCGACGUCUCAAUAGAUUUUCUAGUGCCGUUUUAUUAAAAAUGGAGCCCUGUCUCUAUUAUUGAAAUCUUAUUUUAACAAGUAUAUAUAAAUUUAACUCCAUUUGCCUGUGAUGUUUUAUGUCGAAGGAUAACCCAAGGCCACAUUUAAGCCAUGUGGUUUGAUUAGCCGUAAAGCGUGCCUGGGACGUUAGUAGGGGAGAGCAUUUUAAGCUCCUACAGUAAAUCAAUAUCAGACAGUCGUCAUUAGGCAAUAAAUAUUUAGCUUCAGACAGUCAUUGUUGUAGGUAUUCAGUGCAAUGCAGUUUCUAGCUUAUGCGAUCUGGCUUGCUAAAUAAACCACGCAUCACGUGGUAUAUUUUUUCUCGCGUAUACCACCCUUGUUCUCUCGUUUAAUGUCAUCCCGGGCAAGAGAUGAGCUGAGCGUGUUACCAGAUCAGCAGAUACUCUCAGACAGUGUUUCUGCAAUAAUAACUAAUUUAAAAAAAGAAAAGAUCAAUCCGGUUAUCCUAUUCCUGUACGUUCGCGGAUCUAUGCUAUUUUCGUACUAUUCUGUCUCUUAUCUCUCUGCAUAUUUAAGGGCGCCGAAAACGGCUCUCCGAAUUCUAUACUCGAUUUGGCUUUUUAAAUUGUCGGGCUAAAAUAGAGGCACUUUGACUGACAAAAUAUUUUUAACAAUGUUGCCUACGUAAAGAUGCAGUAAAGCUAAGUAAAUAACAUCUUGUUUGCCAUAACCGUGAGAGAAUCGAGUCGCGGGUUCUGUGCAAGAGCACGCAUUAUUUCGCAAAUUGUCACGGGUUUCAGUCGCUGGGAGGCGCGUGCGUCGCGACCUCGGUGGUCCUAAUGCCGCCAUUUUGUCUCCGUCAAAAGCCGCGCGAAUACUAAAUAUUGUCUUAGUUUACACCUCCAUUGAAACCUAGUAUUGUCUGGACCGUUAGUUUAAUCCUAAACUUUAUAUUCUGAAUUAUCAUUAGAUAUCGAAUAUAUAAAAUACGCAUUUUUACCGUCCGCAGCCCAAAAGUCAAAAUUCUAAGAUCAUUCCGGAUUAUCAUAUAGGUCACAACUGUUUUUGGCCAUUUGAUUUUUUAUCAAGUGGUUUUGACCCCAAUGAUGUGUUAUCAUGCCUAUACGUAACAGUUUUUAUCUAAUUUCCGCAUCCGCUUAACUAUUUAUUAAAAUUAAUUAAUCUCUAUAGAAUGGACUGUAUGGCGGUCCUUUGGUACGCGGCAUAAAAUAUAUUGCUAUUGAGCGAGUUAUAUUUCAAUCAUAUUAAUCCUUUUGUUGGUAAUUAAAAUAACGCUGGAUAAAGGAAAAUGCAAUUUUAUAUUUUUCAUAUCUUUUUUAAUUACACGUUUGCAUUGCUUCACAAUAAUUUUCCCAAAGCCGGUUAUAUGUAAUAAUAUUGCGAGAGUAAAUUCAUUUCGAAGUUUUUAAUCCCGAAAACCAAUUUACAUGUGUAUUCAAUUUCGAUAUCAAAUAUAAUGUUUCUGGGAAAUUAUUUAAAACUGAGUGUUUACGUAGCACGAGCUAUUAACGUGAAUUCAGUGUAGUUUUAAUCCCUGUUCCGUAAUUCGUAAACGAUAUAUUCAUUUCUGUGUAAAAGCAUUCCCUAUUCACGUGUUUCUGUGAACAAUUUGGACGGGUUGCACCGUGUAACAAGGGUGAAAUUCUAUCAAAAGGUUUCGCACACAUUUGUUGGCCAACCACAAAUGUGGCCGAACUCGAACCAUUCCAUGGAGUUCACCUUUGUUGCGCAUUUCUCGAAUCAAACGGGCGUUGCGUACAAUUGUUUGUGUGCUUUGGACAGUCGAUCAGAUGAACCGUUUGUGCUGCACCCUGUGUGCCACAGUGAACAUUCCACUUAACCGAUAACCAGCCGUUGAAUUUCCGCUAAUAGAUCAAAUUAAAUUGUUUAUCAUAACGUUUUAACGGUUCAAUCCACACUCCACAUUCAUAUUUAAAAGAUAUUAAAAAUUAUCUCUUUAUUUUAAAAAAUAUUAUAAGCUAUCAAUAAGGCUCGGUCAAAAGCUCAGUCUUUAUUCCUAUAUCAUAUCGGAUGGAAAAACGUAUGAGCUAGGGUGCCUGGUCACGUGGUAGUAUUCGGGAGCGUUACCGCAGGCGGCUUUGACAGGCCUCCGCUUUGUGCAACGUAACCGCGCUUGUUAAAUCGAACGUAUCGGAAUAGAUUGUAUGUCAUCCGCACUGCCUGUCAGGUGAACGGGCUCGCUGAAAUUCUAACUUCGAUUUGAUGGAUCAAGUUUAGAUUUUCAAUCUAUACACUAGCUAAAUUGGCAAACCUCUUCGUGCUCUCGUAGAUGAAGACGUCACUGGGAUAGUUAACAUGUUUAUUUUAACUCUAGUUAUUCCACGCGAUUCCACCAACGUACCAAGAGAACUUCUUCCCAUACCCGGAAAAAGACUUUUAUGUCCUUUUUUAAGAUCUAAACUAGCCGUGUACCAAUUUUUAUUUAAAUCGGUUCUGUAGGCGCGAAAGCCAGACAGAUUAAUUAAAACCUAUGCUGAAAAUCUGAAAAUGAAAUACGUCCUAUUGAAAUAUAAAGUCGUUUGCUCAAUUGCAUAUUGGUUGGUACCUAAAUCCAAUUUCCCGGCCACGCGUGUUACCUGUCCAAUUCAAUAAAUCAAUCAAUUCCGCGGAAUGGCAUUGCCUGGUGCGGGUGACAAUAUGCCCGAUAUCCAUCCACUACCGAUUACCUCUCAACCAUUGUACGCAUUCUAUUCGGCUAAUUGAAUAUUGUUAUCUAUAGGAAUUACUGCUUUUUAAUUGAAAGGUAUUAAAAAAACUUUAAAAAUAAAACCCCGCUCGCGAAUUUCUAAGACAGUCGUGCUGUGGUCGUUAUUGGUACGUAUAACAGACCAUGAGAUGUGGUCUUUUGCCAAUAAGUUUUCUGCAAGCUUAAGUUAUAUAUUGCAUUUGAAAACGCCAUAUGUGUACAACUUGCUACUUGCUCCCUCAUCUCUGCUUGAGGUCUCUUAUCUGUGCCAAAUGACUCCACAUUAUUCUGUCCUAACUGUAUUUAAUAUGCCUAUAAUAUUUAUAAAAAACUUGAUAUAAAAACGUUUAUUUUCAAUAUAUAUUGUCUUCCAUGUAUUUGUUCGAUGAUGGUUCAACAGAUAUUAAUCAAUAAAAUACAAUUUAUUUAAAUCGUUCCAUUGAAAAAUUUCGAUGGUCCAAUUAAUCGUUUUCCUCGUAAUAUAACUGAUACUCAUGUAACAUAUGAAUGCAAAAUUAUUUGAAAAAACUAUUUGAAUAUUGAGUCGAGUGUAUGCUUUCACGACUGACUGAACAGAGAAAAACUCUCAUACGAUUUGUAAUUAAAAGUAUAGCUGCAAUCGUGUGUAAAAACUUGUGUACCAAUCAACAAUAUUUUUUCAUAAAAAUCAUCUCUUUUUGAAGUACUUGUAAAUUGUGAAAUAUUGUGCCACUCGAAACAGUACACUGAUUUUAAUAAAAACGUUGUUAAUUGCAGUAAAUAUUUAUCCUUUGUUUUUGUAUACGGCACACAAUGUUUUACACUUGAUUUAGUUUGUACGUAAGUGUUUGCCAUUCUAACGGUACUCUAAACACAGACAUGAAUGAAACAUUAUUUUUGGCUAAGUGUUAGAUAAUACUUCAAAAGGGAACUAUAAGCAAUAAUAUAUGAACCCCGAGACCUCGUACUAAUUAUAAGUGGAGUGCGGAGUUCGCUCCGAACGUCUGGUUAAUUUUUAACUAUUGCUAAGAGUCUGCACUCCGUUUGUUUUUAAAACGGCUUCCGAAGUCUGAGCGUCUUUAUUUAAAACUUCAUUAGAUAUUGAUACGUUGACUCUUUGAUAGCUUAAACGUCGUCUGAUUCCAAUGAGUUUGUUUUUAAAAAGGUUUUAUUAUUUUUAAAUUGCGGUAAAAGCUACUUGAGCUGUAAACGAUUGAAAUAGCUCUGAUUACUAACCACAUGCUAACCUUUGUGUAAUUAUAGCAAGGUUAGUAGUAUUGUGCAUAAUGAUGGUUUAUCCUAAUAAUGGGUAAUUUCAAACUAUAGUAGAAGUAUCAAUGCAUGCUUUUCUGAAAUUAACCCUAUUAACAAAAUGCGGUCCUCAUAUUUUGCAUACUCAACUCCUUUUAGCGCCCGGUCAUUAGGCCAAUGCUCAACUUGUGAACCAGCAAUUUUAAAAUUUUAUCGACUCUCUAAGAUUAGAAAAGCCGUUUUAAAAGAACAGCAGCCUUAUGAGACAUGUCUGUGUUUUGAUUCUUUAACUAAUUAGUGCCGAUGACAUUAUCAGAAGUACUCUACGUUACUUACGCCAUUAUAUCUUGCCUUGCAAAUACUAUGUUUCACAUUCUUAUCAUUCCUUGCCAUUUUGUACUGAUUUAUUGUAAACUUACCCGUUCUGUUGUAUAAUCCAUGUUCGUAAAAAACAAAUAGUUUAUUAUCUGCACAAUUGUGGUCAUAUCCACCAUUUUGUAUUCCCAUUUUACUGUGAUCUUAUGUAUUUAUAGUAGACAUAAUUAGGAUUGCCUUCAUGCCACGAUCACACCAAUUCAUAGUUCAUACUUAUAAAUCAUUAAGUAUAUAGAAGUUUAUAUCUACAUCUAAUUUUAUUCAUGAAUUUUUGACACUUGAAAUAUUUAAUAGUACAUUUCAUAUAUAGAUAUAAUUCGAUCACUUUCAUGGCAACUUUUUAUAUUCAAGGACGCUAUUCAUUGCCUAAUAUAGGGUUAAUUAGCAAUAAUCAUUUAUCGCAGGAUGGUCAAGUAGAGGCGAUACAAAUAAAAAUAUUUUUACAACAAAUGCCACCAGAUAUUUUUCUAUAAAUCUUAUAUUGGAACCUGGCAAUUUUGCACCCUUUGCUGUGCAUUCAUUGGACCCCAUGUAACCCACUAGUCGAUCUUCUAGCGUCCACAUUUAUACAUUAACCUGGAAACAUUCAUCUCUAUGUUAGAUAUUUGGCCUCGGCCCAGCAAUAUCACCACCGAGAGUCAUCCCCACAUGAAUAAUCUCGGUUGCGUGAGCCGUGAGCGCCACAACUUUUUU